CCGCGCCUGCAAUGGUCACGUGAAGGGAGUCCAAUAAAAUCGUCGAACACUCUUCUUACUGCUUAUGGAAUUAAAACCAAUGAUUACAAGUAAUCUCAAGUUUAAAGAAGAAAGGUACAGAUAAUAGAUGACUAAACAUAUUUUUGCUUGUUGGAUCUCCAUCGAUUAUUGUAGGGGGGAGAAAAAAGAGCUGCGUUGCUGUCUGUGCUCAUUUAUUAACAACAGAUUUGAUUUUAGCAUGUCCAGUCUUUAGGCAAAUCUAGACAAAGAAAUUCGGAACCGGGUGAAUACAAAAUAAACAAAUAUUACAACAACAAUGAUAACAUGAAAUCAUUUCCAUGGCAUGCAUGAAAAAUAAACUACAAAGACGCGGCGUUAGCGGUUUGCGUUUACCUCUGAUUUUCUCAAGAUGUGUUUGACUAAUCGUUUUAUACUGUUAUACUACCUUAAUGUGUCUAUAUAUAUACGAUACAAACAUCAAAGCUAUUAUCAGAAUAAAAAAGGGCACAAGAAGCAAACUUUUGCAUUUUAACUAAAUAACUACACAGAAAAUACAUUCAUGAAGGUAGUCUACGAACGUAAAGUAUCAAAAAGUCAAAUAUUCUUACUUUUUCAUGCACUUUAGAUAGAUAGAUAAUUACAACAUAGAAUAUAUCUUAAGAAAUUAAUUAAAAACCGCUGUCCUCAGAUGAUAUAAAUCCCUUUAAGCAUUUAACGCAAAUAGUUGUUCAAUUCGUCCCAGAAUAUUAUUAUUAUUUUCCAGUAGAAAAAAAAUCCAGUUGAAAAACUGAUCACUUGACAUUUUUUUUUUAAUGCUAGAACUGUCCGAUAAAAGAAACAUAAAAACGCACAAACAAUAAAUAAAAAGAGAGAUUAUCAGUGCGUCCCAGUCCCUCGCAGUCAGCUCCGUUCUGUAAAGAGGGCCUUCUAGAUGGACCCCUUUCCGAAGUGCCCACGGCCUACAGCUUCCUUUGUAAUUCCUUUAAAAUUCCCAGACACCCACACAGGGUUACAGCCUAUCUGUUUCCACUGUUCUUUUAGACGAGAUAGACGACAAGACGAAACGAAGCUCGGGCUGCAAAUCCGAAAUACUGUGAAGUCAAAUUCAGAUUAAAGCUGGCUGCAACACAGUUUAGUUUUAAUCUUUAAUCCUAUCGAUGCGACGCGCCAAUAGAAUGUAUCCAAUGCAGAAAAAAAUAAUAAUUCUGGGGGGAAAAAAUCCACAAAUCUACGAGGGAAUAAUGGGGGUUUUCUUUGUUGUGAUCUUGGAGGAAAAAGGCGAAUUCUUGAGGGUGGCUGCUGUCAAGCGCUUUGCCGGCGAAAAGAUUGAUCACCCUUGCUGCCUCUCUACUCCUGCUCUAAAAAUAUCUACCCCCUUUUCCCAUUCGUUUUAAACUUUGACGCAACCAAUUUUGCUUAGUUUUUCAUCAACUAACAUUAUAUUGUUGCUUUCGUCCAAGGUGCAAUAGAAAUUCAAGUCAACACAUAAGCAAUUUCCAUUCUGAACGCGACCUCACGAUGAACUUUUGGUUGCUGUCAACAUGUUUCACACACACCGCUAACAACUAUUUUUCGUGCGGUAUUAUACGUGUAAUCUGCACCUUCAUUUUAAUAAAUGAGCAAAAUAUUUACAGAAAUAUUAUUUGACAAUUUUCUAACCUGGAUUUAGUGCAAACUUACGCGCUUUUAGGUUCCAGUUUUCAGCAAUUCUUCAGAGGCUGUGUUUAUAAAAAAAAAAAAAAAAAAAAAAAUCAAAUUAAAGGUAAACACCAAAAAAUGUAUUUGUAUAGUAAUGGUUGGGAAUCUCCUAUUCGGCAAAUGUGGCGGACACUCUCACCAUCACUCUUGUACAUCCUUAUUUAUGUGCUUGAUAAAAGAAAUAUUUCUACACCUAUCUCUUGUCUGUUACUCUUGUCAAAAGUUUUAAGAUUAAUGACCCUUGAUUGUAAAUACGCAAGAAGCCAUAUUGUGGAUGUACUUAUCAGGCAAGGCCUGUGAAUUACAUCACCGGUAGUUCUGCAUUUGGAUUGUUAUUGUCUAACAUAAGAGGCCUGCACUUUACCUCUCACGACAAAACAGGACUGUCCGAACACAUGGCAGCCGAGAGUCCCCUUUUUUUUUAAUUUUUUUUUUUUAUUAUUAUUUCGUCCGUGUUACAAUAAGAACUGAAUUAUAAUAUCCUGCUGUAUUUUUGAUCAAUUCAGACAAAUAUUGCUUUCUUUUGCCACCAGGCCCCGAAUUUCGAUUGGCUGAGAUGAGUCAUGUGACCAGGAAUUGGCUGCAAUUUCGCCCAUAGUCUUCAGUUUAGUAGACCCUGGUCCCCAUACGCUAGUAAUAUCACCAAUAUACACAAUUAUUAAAGCCCGCAAAUGCCGUCAUAGCAGGAACGCAAAAUAAAUCCUAGCCUUUUGGAUGUUAUUUUUUGCGUAUGUUGGUGUCGCUGGACGCCCUUUUUGCCCAGGCGAAGCGAUGAAUUUUGAAUUUGAGAGGGAGAUUGGGUUCAUCAACAGCCAGCCUUCCCUUGCAGAGUGCCUGACGUCUUUCCCCGCUGUCCUGGAGUCAUUUCAAACUUCAUCAAUCAAGGACUCGACAGCAAUUCCACCUCCUUUCGAGCACACCAUCCCUAGUCUGAGUCCCUGCACAGGCAACCAGGCGCGACCGAGGAGCCAAAAGCGAACUGCCUCCAAUGGCCUCCAGCUCCGGACACAAACAGCACCGCCGACGCAGCACCAGCAAGGCCCGGCCCCGCUGUCGGGUGGCGCGCCCCUGGCCCACGAGUUCCCAUGGAUGAAAGAGAAAAAAUCCUCGAAGAAGUGCCCCAAGCCCGGAGCCACUGCUGCUGCAGGAGCAGCCUCCCCUUCUCAGGCAUCCUCCGGCUACACAACCGCGGGACUGGAGUCCCCGACAGAGGCUCAAGGUGGACUGGAUAAUGGCAGCGGUUCACGGAGGCUGAGGACCGCAUACACCAACACGCAGCUACUUGAAUUGGAGAAGGAGUUUCACUUUAACAAAUACCUCUGUCGGCCCCGGCGCGUUGAAAUAGCAGCACUUUUGGAUCUAACCGAGCGCCAAGUCAAAGUGUGGUUUCAAAAUCGACGCAUGAAGCACAAAAGACAAACUACGCACCACCGGGACGGGCAAGAAGGCGAGCCCAGCGGUUUCGAGCUCCUGGAGGGAACCGACGCUGCUUCACCGUAUUCGAGCCAAUCGUUGGAAGUAUCUGGUUCUGGUUCUGGUUCUGGCUCUGGCUCUGCAGCAGCCUCCGAGAGUGAGACUUGCCCGACAGCUGCCUCCUACACGAACAGUGCGGACAAAAGCCAGCCCACGCCUGAAGAGGGCCAGGCGAACCAGUCGGAGCCUGCAUCUGUUCCUGGCACAGCGGUUCACUCCCCCCCGUAUCCAACGCCUACUGCAGAUAACCCCAGUACAAUGGCUGAGGGCCGUGCAGCUGGGCCGGAGCAUUCGUUCACAGAGCCGCAGGAUGCCACCUCUCUACCCGAUUUGAAUUUCUUUUCGACGGACUCCUGCCUACAGAUUUCGGACGCUUUAUCGCCGAGUUUGCAGAGCUCACUGGACAGUCCAGUUGACUUCUCCGAGGAAGAUUUUGACUUGUUUACGAGCACCCUUUGUACUAUAGAUUUGCAGCAUUUACAGUUCUGAACUAUUAUGAGAUCACAACGCAUACAAGAACAAUCGAACUCCAUCUAAUUGCAGUGUCACGAAUGCUUCUCGACCGCAACAUUCCUAUAAUAAGACAUUAAAAAGUGAAAAAGAGACAUCUACCUAAACAGUUUUUUUAAAAACAAAAAAGGCAUGAAACAAUGCCUAAAAGGAAAUAAAUUGUCCAUUAUUUUGAAAAUACGAUGAUGUAAUCUUUUUGAAUACACAUCGGGAUGGCCCCUGUCGAAGUUUCAGGUAUUUUAUUGCCUUUUGAUUCUCGGAUUUUAGUUUAUGUCGACUAACAGAUGAAUGGUUGCGGACUUUUUCAGUGAAACUCAAUCAUUGGAAUCUCAGGAAUUGUGUCUGACAUAAGGGUAGUUGAACUGCUUUUAGGAAUUCUCCCAAGGCGGGCGUUGUCCCUAUUGAAUAAUUUUAGAACUAGUUUAUUUAUUGAGAUUCUUUAAUAGUAAAUUUCAAAUUUAUUUAUUGUACGUUAUUUUCAUAGUUGAAAUAAUAAAAAAUUAAAUAAAAAAACACAUAAAUUGGUGGAGCGAGUGUGAUUGAUUCUCUAAGCUUUAAUGAACUCUUUCAUUAAAAAUGUUUAAUAUUUGAAUGUAAUUCAAGACAUUAAUUUUAAGAAUUUGUUCUUUUUCCUUGGUAUUGAUGUACCUAUUGUGAGGAAAUUACACAAUUCAGUCCGCAGGUUGAAUUAAUAUUUGAAGAACGUUAUUAAGUGUAUAUGCAAAAAAGAAAAAAAAAUCAUUCUUAUAAUACUAAUUAUUAUUAUUAUUAUUAUGUUACUAUCAUUAUAUUGUGAUGAGAAAUAUUCUGUCUUUAUAUUAGUAUUCGUACGAUAAAGAGAUGGGAACUGAAUAAGCUCAAGAAAAAAAGAA